AAUAGAAUUAAAGAUUUAUUUUUUAUGAUUAGAUAAGAAAUUUUACAACAGAAUAAAGUUUAGCAUAAAUUUGAAUUUUUUAUAUUUAUGGUAUAGUAUAUAAAUAAAUAGCAGUUAUAAAAUUUAUGAUUCUUUUGAGUAUAUUUAUUUUCCCUGUUUUGUCCUGGAUAAAGCAAACAGCGAGAAAUACUAGAAGCCACAAAAUAAAGGUUGACACUCAGCUGCACAGCACUAUGAGGAUGAUAGCUGGUACAAUUAAAUCAACUCCCACCCAAUGGCUUCCAGUUUUAAGUCACAUCCCACCUCUACAUUUACGACAAGUUGACGCACUUACACGUGCAUACAAAAAGAUCAUGAACAAUAUAAAUCUGCCGAUCCACCAAGAUACCGAGGAUGCACGAAAUACUCAUCUCCGUUCUAGAAAACCACCAAUAAAAACGGCAAGAAUGAUACAUGAGGAGUUCAACAUCAAGAAUGCAUGGUCCCAAGAAUGGAACGCAUGGCAAAAUAACAUGCCCUGCAUUACCCACAAGCCACCAGGUUUUGAUCUUUCAUGUAAAACUCUAAAUAGGAUCCGAACCAGACAUGGCAUAUGUGCAUACAUGUUACAUAAAUGGGGAAAGAACCCAUCUCCUCAAUGUCAAACCAUUGACCACAUUAUUGAAGUGUCCCUCAAGAUCCUACAAUGGUAGCCCUGAAGACUUCCUGUUUGCGACUUCAGAGUCAAUUGAUUAUAUUAAUACACUUGAUGUUUGUUUGUAACUAUUUAAAGUUUGUCAUAUACCUAUAUUACUAGUGUUUGUAAUUUUGUUCUAAAUAUGUUGUAAUUGCCAUACGAUAAAUAAAAUAAAUCUUCUGAUAAUUCUCUUUCUCGCUCCAACUUGUACUAUUUCUACAUAAGGUUCUCUUUGUUAACCAAAACAAUACUUACUUCCUUUUCA